AUGCACGACGACCUUUUUACACAACGGCUGCAACAAUAUGUGACGAAUAACUCAGUAUCCGAAUCUAAGAUUCAUCCAUGUAAAAAAAUCAAAAAUCAUACACUGCGAACAAUAAAUAUACUGAUCGAUUGUUGUUAUCAACUCGCAGCGCAUAUACAAGCAAUGCAGACUGAAGAUUCCAGAAGAUUUGUCAUUGAUACUAGUGAAUCAUUUGUAUUUCGAUGCUUCUUAACAAAAUAG